ACACAGCACAAACAUACACUGGCAACACUGCUGUCAUACGACGAACAUUAUUUUUGCCGGGAAGUAGCUGAUUUGUAUCAACAUAAACAAAACCUCUCAGCUUUAAUCGUGAUCUCGCUCGAAACGAUAUGGAAAGCCUGGAAAACCCGAACCCUGGCAAGGAUGGCGAAAAGGACAAGGUCCCAGCGAAGAAGGGACGCCACCGGAGCAAGCACAAAUUCAACUCGAUUCGCUCGCAGAUGGAAUUUUACUUCUCCGAUGCAAAUUUAACCAAAGACCGGUACAUGGGGCAGCUGAUACGGGAUGAUCCAUAUAUUCAGCUAGAGGAGUUCUUAAAGUUCAACAAAAUCAAAGCACUUACGACGAGUGUGGAAGAGAUCGCCAAUGCGGUGAAGAACUCCACCCUGCUGGAGCUUUCCGACGAUCGUACGAAGGUGCGCCGCAAGACGGAACUGGUGGUGAAGGAAAACUGUGAAGAGUGUACCCUGUACGUGGAACGCUUGCCGCCGAAAGCGAACCACGACUGGGUGCGGAAUGUGUUUUCCAGCUACGGCAAGGUGGCGUACGUUUCGCUGCCCAAGUUCAAGCACUCGCGCAAGAUCAAAGAGUUCGGGUUCGUGGAGUUCGAGGAGGAAGCGAGCGUGCAGAAGGCGCUGAAAGCGUUCAAAACGUUCGGCGGUGUGCUGGAGUUCGACACGGUUGAUCCGGCAAAGAUGGCAAGCAUUAAGACGUACGAGCAGGAGAAGAAUGAGAUGCCGCCAGAGCCGGAAGGGGCAAGCGUGAAAGCAGAGACGGAUGGUAAAGAAAAUUCGGCUGAAGCAGAAGCCGGUUCUAUUAAGGAAGAAGAAGAGAGAGAGGGAGAAGGUUCGGCAGUGCUCACGGAUGCAGCAGCAGAUCCUCAACAGGAGGAAGAUACGGAUGAACCACCAGCCAAAAGGCAUAAAGUCGAACCGACGAGCGACGAGGACGACGAUACACAAGAGUUCGAUCGCACGGAUCAGGACGAGCCGGCUGCUGAGGAAGAGGAUGAACAUAAAAAUGCGACCGAGGAGGAAGAGGCAAAGGAAGAAGGCGAUGCGCAACCGGAAGUGGGCGGUAAGAAGAAAUGUCGUCAGCGGAAGGGAUGUAGCAUCAUCAAGAAGGAGUUGCAGCUGGACGACAAGGUGUACGAGAUCAAAAUAAUGACCAAGAAAGAAUGGCGUCGUUUAAGAAGCAAAUACCUAAAUCUGCAACGGCUAGAAGCGAAGAAGCUGAAGCGUCUUUUCCAGCAGACGGCAAACAAACAGCACCACAAACGGGGUGGCCAGCCAAAGGCGACCACGCACGCCAAUCCAACCGGAGCCGGUGGUACUUCCGGCGGUGGCAUAGCGAUUAAGUCGAUUAAAUCAUCCCCAAGGGUGAACUUUUACGGGGCUAUGCCGGUCGACGAGGAGCACACCGAGGUGGAGGGUGCGAAUCCACUUCAAUCCGACCAGCCCGAGGAAAGUGCUGCGGCCAUAGCAAAACGGCCCCUGUUUUCCUUCGAACCGGGGUUGAUAGUGUGCGUAAAGUUUCGGGAACCGUGCGUGGAUGUGAAGGAUUUCCGUGCGGAACUGCGGCAACACGCGUACGUGAAGUAUAUCGAUCUGAAGGAAGGUGCGUUCGAGGCGUUCGUACGGGUCGAUAAGCCCGGUUCGGCUAAUGCGCUGGUGCGGGAGUACAGUUCGGCGGAACAUGCCGCACACAUACUGAGCGGUGAGCAGGAGCAACAGUACUGGGACAAGAUGAUGCGCGAUCGGGAGGAUAAGCUGAGCAAGCGGGUCAAGACGGAGCGGGUUCGGGGACGUACGAAGCUGAUCCGUAAGAUAAACAGUCACAUCAAGUUGGAUGAUGAUGAUGAUUGAACAGUUUUCCCGUUGGGGAAAUCUAUUUGGAAAAUAAAGUGCUCCAAAC